AUGCAUAUUCCUUGUAAAUUCUUAACGUUAGCUAUCAUUGCUUCUCUUGCCUUGAUGGCCUCUACUCAACCAGUUACUGAUGGUGUAACUAACAAUUAUGGAAUCAGUAACAAAAUCAGAAACCCUAGAUUAGGUGGCACUGUCAUUCCUCAACAAUUAAAGAGACGCCAAGUCAUUGAUAUUGAUUUGACUGCCGGUAAGUUUAUGAUGGUUCAUGCUGUCAAUGCUCCUGCUACUGCUUGUUCCCAACCUGCUGCUGCUCAACCCAGCAAUGCGCAGCCCGCUCCUCAGCAGCCUGCUGACCAACAACAACCUGCUGUUCAACCACCCGCCACACCCACUGUAGUUGCUCCUGCUGCUACAUCUCAAAAUGCUGGCCCUGCUACGGAACCUCAAGCUUCCGAACAACCUGCCACUACUGUUAUCUUGUCUGCCUCUCCUUCUUCUAUCCUUCCCACUGCUGCUUCAGAUAGCUAUCCCUCUCCUAUUCCCACUGCUGCUCCUACACAUACCUUUAUCCGUCCCAAAUUCAGUGCUACUUAUUCAUACGACCCUCAUUUCACAUAUACUUACAGUUUAAAGGAUACUGAUCCUUUGGAUGAUGGUAGAAAGUUCAUGAAGAAGCAAAAGAAGAAGGGUAAGAAACAAUCUUCGUCUAGAGCAGCCGCUCAAGCUAGAGCCUCAGCUUCCGGCGCUGCUGCUUCUCGCGCCAGGCCUGCUCAAACGGCCACUGCUCUUCGUCCCGCUAAACCUACUCACACUGCCUCUGCUUAA